AUGUCUGGGCAAGAACUCUACGUCGGCCAACGUCGCUCCUACGCUGGAGCUUUAUGUACGGUCCGCUAUUAUGGACCGCUUUCCAAUACGAAGGGUGACUGGAUAGGGGUCGAAUGGGACGAUCCCAGCCGGGGCAAACACAACGGUCAAUACGAAGGACAACAGAUCUUUCAAUGCCUCUCAUCAGGACCGACGGCUGCUUCAUUUGUACGGCCUUCAAGAAAAGUUGAUCCAGAGAGGACGCUUCUCGAGGCGAUCAAGUUCAAAUAUGCGCCGUCGACCGGCUCCACGUACAACACUGGUACUUCCGGCGUGGCGGAGAAUAUAAUUGAGAUCUCAGGAAAGGCCGUGGAGGAAGUCGGCUUCGAACGGAUUCAAAAGCAGCUGUCUAUCUUAGCAGAUCUGAAAAUCGUGCUUGUCGAUGAAUUGGUGGUGUCCGGAAUUGCCCCUCGAGGAUCUUCGAGGGAGGAGAUCAAAACAGCUCAACUUGAGCUUGAACGGACAUGUCCAAAUAUCGUGGAAUUGGGUUUGGGUUGGAACGUUAUCGAGACAUGGCAGGAUGUGGUGGACAUGUGCUUGCCCUUGAAGAAGCUGAAAAUACUGAAAGUGAGCGGACUUCGAUUGAGGGCUUUCGAGACGAAAUGUGCCGAUGAUGAGGCGCAUCCUUUUCAGUCUGCCGAUGAACUACAGAUGAACGAGUGCCUGCUGCGACCGGACCAGGUGGUCCAAAUUCUAUCCUCCGACGGGUCUUGCUGCUUUUCGUCCUUGAAGACGAUCUCGCUCUCGCUAAACGGAUUUGACUCCUUCACGGUGGAUGCGAGAGGUCAAAAUCAGAUCUUCCCUUCUGUCACGACAGUUGUCCUCGACAACAACCAGUUCACAGAUAUGUCAUCCCUGCCGACUCUUCUCUCAGUAUUCCCCUCUACGACAACCCUUUCACUCCAAGGAAAUGCGAUAUCAUGCCUCGGACUAGGAGACCCUGACAAUUCCGAACCCCAACAUCUCGACAAAAUAGAAACCCUCAACCUGGCGGGAAACCAAAUUGGGGACUACGCUUUCAUCGACACCCUCCCCGGGAUGUUUCCCAACCUAACGUCCCUCCGCAUCUCGAGGAACCCACUGUACGACCAGUCUCAAUCCGGGUCUCUGUCGGAUUCACAACACUCUGAUCCCAGGUGGCAACGGGCAUCAAGGACAACCUCAGAUUCAACCUCCUACUACCUCACUCUCGCCCGGGUCCCUCACUUGAAAUCGCUCAAUCACACAAUCAUCACCACGCGAGACAGGGAGGAAGGAGAGAUUUAUUACCUCUCCGUGACGGAGAAAGAACUGAAGGCUGAGCUCGAGACUGCGGACGCCUUGCCCGACUCACCAUCGCAGCCGUACUUCGAACUAAAGGCCGCCCUCGCACGCAAAAAGCACCCUCUCUACACGACCCUCUGUGCAAAAUACGACCGCGACGACGUCAUCGAGCGUUCCUUGCAAACUGCGUCUCAGCCAGCUCCGCGCACCACCAAGACGAAAUCCGCACUCGAGUCCUACGCUCCGGGAACGCUAGGUUCGCGUCUCGUUGAGGCAUACUUCUACAUCCCCCAGCGCCAUCUCAAUUCCAAACCCAUGUCGUCUCCGGACAAAUCGGCAUCGGCUUCCAAACCGACGACAAAACCAACGCCGGGAGCGUCUGCGCCUCAAUCCUUCCACCGCGCCCUUCCAACCACCAUAUCCGUGUACCAACUCAAGUCCCUGAUAUCGAAACACUUUAACCUCCCCGCGCUAGCGUUCAGAUUGAUUUAUGAAUCCCACGAAUAUGAUCCCGUAGAACCAAUUUCACGAACAACGGCCCUCGAGAAAAGCGCGGAGGGCUGGGCGGCUUGGGGAGAUUGGGACGUUGAUGACGACGACGACGACGACGACGACGACGAACAGGCCCUCGAAAGACAUAACGAAUACGACCACGACCACGACCACGACCACGACCACGAUCACGAAGAAAAAUGGCAGAGUAAAGAGCCAACGUUCAUAGUGCGCGAUGGCCAGCGGUUUAAGAAGCGAGAGACCGAGAUUCUAGAUGGGAUGCGGGCGUGGGGGGAUUUUCUGGAUCUCGAAGCGCACGAUGGUUCGAAGAGACGGGAUAUCAGGGUUCGCGUUGAGCCGAUCGCCCCAUGA